AUGCAUCCACCGAUUCCAAAUCAAUAUCAAGCACCGGUGCCACAGCCAUCGGCACCACCACCGUAUCCGUAUCCGUAUCCAAUACAACCCAACAUUCCUCCAUCCAUGCCGGCGGCCAAGUGGGCAACCGGCCUAUGCGACUGCUGCUCCGAUUGUUCAACUUGUACGUUGCAUGACUUGUUGUUGCCCAUGUGUAACGUUUGGACAGAUUGCCGAAAUCAUAGACCGAGGAUCAAAACGGAUGCUUCAGGAUGGCGUGAAAGCUUGGAGUUGCAAAACCAGCGGCCAAAAAUGUCACCGAUGGUUCCUGGAGGAAUGAUUAGAUAA